AUGAUGAUGUCGAGUGAGGUUAGCGAAGCGAGGAGAAAUGUACGAGUGCCGCGUGUUUACUCAGUGGGACAGAGCUCUAAAACAUGGUUGUCCCAGUUUGUGCAGUAUGUCGACCUUGUGCGCAUCAAGCCCUCAGAUCGUCGAGCGUAUUUACUCACAAUGUUGGACCAGCCGGCCUUUAAGGCGGUGGGACUUCUCAAGCUUUCAGAGUUCCUGUCAUUUGACGAUUUUACGGCACAGUUGAUAUAGAGAUUCGAUUUGGGUAAGACGAGGGAGGAUUACAACUUAAAGCUACACGCGAGGUGUCAGAAACCGAACGAAGAUUUCGAGGGAUUCACCGACAGCCUGUUGGAAUUAGUCGAAAAUGCGUACCCAGACACGGCUUAUCCAUUCAAAGUGGAGUUGGCCAGAGAUCAGUUUAUUCAAGGAGUGGUAGUGAGUAAUGACAUACGAGAGAAGUUAUUUGUCAGUCAACCGGGAUCACUCGUGGACGCAGUU